AUGAAAAGGAUUCAAAUUCAGCUUUUUGACGACUUCGACGUUUGUUCUCCAUCACUGACCGAAGAAACAAACUCAGCUAAAAGACAAGCUACUAAGUUUAGUUUAAUGGUGAGGGGUUUGAUUAAUAUGUUAAAGAUUCUAUGUUCCAUCGGCAUCUCCAUUAUAAACAAAAAAAACAUCUCAACCAAUAGACGGAAUUUAAUCGGAACCCUAACAUCACCGUCGUCACUUCCCACUCUUCCUUUCGAUCUCAUUAUUGAAAUACUAAGUAGGUUACCGGUGAAGCAACUCCUUCAACUAAGAUGUGUCUGCAAAUCGUGGAAAUCUCUAAUCUCCGAUCCUAAAUUCGCCAAAAAGCAUCUUGCUCUGGUUCGAUUGUGGAACCCUUCCAUUAGAAAAUUUAAAGAAUUGCCACGUGUUAGAAAACCACAAAGUUACCAGUUGGGGAUGCGUGGAUUUGGAUAUGAUCCAAUUAGUGAUAAUUACAAGGUUGUGGUGGUUUUACUUCCAUCCGAUAAUGUUUAUACUUUGGGCACAAAUUUUUGGAAAAACAUUGAGGAGUUCCCUUUUGGUUGUGUUGCCGUGCAACAACGGUCAGGAACAUUUGUGAGUGGCACAAUUAACUGGUUAGUUUCUAGAAUGUAUCCUACUAGAAGGCAACAUUUUAUUGCUUCUUUUGAUUUGAGGAACGAGUCUUAUCAAGAAGUUUUUUUGCCUGAUUGUCGAGUGGUAGACGUAUAUAAUUUGCGCUUGGGUGCCUUGGGUGUAUUGCGGGAUUGUUUGUGUUUGGUUUUUCGCAAUGAUGUUUGGGUUAUGAAGGAAUAUGGAAACCACGAAUCGUGGACUAAAUUGUUUGCUAUUACUUACAUGCAAGAUCUUCCUAUAUCUUACGACAAUAUCAAAGUACUAAAUAUUUUUGGGGAUAAUCAAGUGUUGUUGAAGUCUACAGAGUGGACAGAUAAAUUGAUUGUUUACAAUUUUAAAAAUGGUACUUACAAGUAUACGAAGUUUGGAAACUCCGCAGAAGUUUGUGGUGAGAGUUUGAUAUCAUCUUGUUUUUAA